AUGCGUUCAUCGGAGAGUACGUCUGGCGAAGGCGAACUAAUCGACCGGAAAAAGAUAAAAAUCAAGAGAGGAGGAAAGAAUUCAGAAAUGGUGUAUAUUAUUGAUGUUAAAUCAAAGCAAGCAUCUAAAAUGGGAUUCUUCAGAAAUGUCAAUACUCAGCCCCAACAGCAAUCAAAGAAGGGAGGCAACAAAGCUACUAUAUUUGUUUACGCCCUAGAGACAAUGACAUUCAGUUCGAACGGAGUUAGUUUAUUCAGUUACUUCCAUGGCUACAUGAACUUCAGCUUGACAAAAUCGGCAACUGCACUAACAAACUACCUAGGAACUGCGUUUCUGCUAUCGCUCUUUGGGGGGUUUAUCUCAGACACUUAUCUGUCAAGGUUCAAGACUUGUGUUAUCUUCGGAUUCUUAGAAGUCUUGGCGCUAAUCCAGCAAAAAACCAAAAAUGUGCCGUUCUUUCAGGGGUAUGCUCUUCUAGCAGUGCAAGCACAUUUGAGACAGCUAAGACCUUUCCCAUGCAAAGAUGUAGUGGGCCCCGCUGGAUGUGAACCUGCAUCGACCAAUCAAGAAGCUAUGUUAUUCACAAGUCUUUACCUCGUUGCACUCGGGACUGGUGGUAUCAAAGCUGCUCUACCUUCUCUAGGAGCCGAUCAGUUCGAUGAGAUGGAGCCUGAAGAAGCUGCUCCUCUUUCAAGCUACUUCAACUGGUACAUGUUUUUCCUUAACCUCGGAGCAAUAUUUGGGGUGACAUUUGUUGUCUGGAUAAACACAAACCAGGGAUGGGAUUGGUCAUUUGGUGUGUGUUCUAUUGCAAUGGUGAUAUCUGUUCUGGUUCUGAGCAUGGGGCGUUCGGUUUAUCGGAAUAACACUCCAAGCGGAAGCCCUUUAACAAGAAUUCUACAGGUGUUUGUAGCAGCCAUUAGAAACCGGAAUCUUCCAUUACCAGCCAGGGCAGAAGAAUUGCACGAACUUCACGACAAAGAAGCUGAACAAAGCGAGACACUUCAAAGAACUGAUCAGUUCAGGUUCUUAGAUCACGCAGCGAUUGUAAGACAGUCAGCUGUUACUGACACCUGGAAAACAUGCACAGUCACACAAGUAGAAGAAACAAAAAUCAUAGUCAGAAUGCUCCCAAUAAUACUCAGUACCGUAUUCAUGAACACAUGUCUGGCUCAGCUGCAAACCUUCUCCAUUCAGCAAAGCACCACAACCGACAGAAAAAUCGGAAACUUCCAAAUCCCAGCAUCUUCAAUUCCAUUAAUACCCCUACUCUUCAUGUCCAUACUAAUCCCAUUAUACGACCAAGUCUUUGUCCCCACCGCCCGAAAGUUCACCGGAAUCCCCACCGGAAUCACACACCUCCAGCGAGUCGGAAUCGGACUCGUCCUGUCAGCCAUUUCCAUGGGAGUGAGCGGAAUCGUCGAAACACACAGGAAAAGCGUAGCUGUAAAGCACAAUAUGGUGGAUUCAUCGGACCCCUUGCCAAUGAGCAUAUUCUGGAUCGGAAUACAGUACGCUAUAUUCGGAGUUGCAGAUAUAUUCACACUGGUAGGGCUGUUGAAUUUCUUCUAUGCUGAGAGCUCUUUGGGGAUGAAGUCACUAGGCACAGCCAUUUCGUGGUGCUCGUUCGCCUUUGGAUACUACACCAGCACUGUGGUGGUGAAUGUGGUGAACUCGGUGAGUGGAGGUUGGCUGGCUAGUGAUAACCUGAAUAGGGACAAACUCGAGUACUUCUACUGGCUGUUAGCAGGACUAAGUGUGGUUAACUUUGGGGUCUAUUUGCUAUGUGCUUCUUGGUAUAAGCACAAGAAGGUACUAGUGAAGCAUGGAGAUAGUGACUACGUUGAGAACUCUUAGGAAUUCUAACCCCUCUAAGAAUGUUGAAUCUUCUGUAUUUCUGCCUUGCAACAUACUAAGGACUUAUUUGGUUAUGAGUAUAAGAUUAUGCAAUCUUAUGAUAACAUAUAUAAAA